GAUCGUUGGCGGUUGGUAGCAAGUGGAAGUGGACUCAAGUCGGAAUACUCAUACGAUAUAUCAGCAUCAGAACAAUGACGCGUCUCGAGUGGCUGCUGCUCCUGGCGUGUGCCGCCAGCAUUGGAGCGGGUGUGGAGGCCGCCACAACUCAAAUGCAGAGACGACACCGGCACAGCAUCGUCGAGAGUGCACAAGCUUCACCUACAGCUGCCGCUCCAGCUGGCAACAGCGAUUGGGGAUUAGGACCGGAGCUGACAUUGGCCCGGCGUGUUUACGACGAUUGCCAGGGCAAGAACGACUUCGUUGGCUGCCUCAAGCAGAAGGCACUGCAUGCCUUGACGCGCGCCCUGGACCAGGACUCCAUUAAAAUUGUGGACGGUCUGGUGCUCGAGAAACAGAAUCAAAGCGACACUGAGAGCAUCAUUGGGUCGCUGACUGAUGCCAGGCAGUUCGGCAACCUGGCGCCCAUCGAUCGCGCUCUUCUCUCCAAGGCUGACAAACUUAUGCGCACCCAUGCGCUCAAAGUAGACAUGGACCUGGACUUGGACGUAGGCGUCGGUCGCGAGCAUGAGCAUAAGAAGAAGAAGCACAAAGACGGCGGACACAUCAAGUAUGUGAUUGCUGCCCUGCUAACGGCAAUGGGCAUUGCCGGUCCGCUCGGGCUGAAGGCGCUGGCCGCGAUUGCCGGCAAGGCGCUUGUGAUUAGCAAAGUCGCCCUGACCAUUGCAGGCAUUAUAGCGCUCAAGAAGCUCUUCUCGCACGAUCACAGCGAGGAGACCAGCUUCCAGGUGCACGCCGGCGAGCACAACAGACGCAACACGUACGUCAUCAGGCCAGUCUCGAAAACAAAUGCCGGCGUGGGCGUAACAGCUGCCGGCGGCAGCUCCCCGGUGGAUCCAUAUCGCUACUACUACGAGUACCACCAGAAGUAGACACAGAGCUCAGGUCUUUGCUCCAGUUGGGUGUGCGUGCGGUUGUGGGUUGUGGUUAUCGUCAUUAUCUAAAGCCGAUGCAGCUAGACUACCAAAGAAACGAGCCGAUCCGAAUGCAGUGAGGUCAAAUCCUUACAUCCUUGCAUGCUUUUGUGCGUUAAGAGACGGGCGCUAGCUCUUAUUGUAGCUCUUUAGUUUAAGUGUAAAAUAGGUUAUAUUCAAGUGGUUUUCACAUAAUAAACAAGUAUUAAGUGUUACAAAGUUGUUUUACAAAAUUCUUUAUUUUGAAUGAAAACUGAAAAUGCAGUGAUUCUAUAUCCAUGAGACAAUCGAUCGGUGCGAUCCGUUUUUGGAGUAGAUUAAAAGCGCAUUUCUAGUUUG